AGUACAUCGGGGAAUUAAACAAUUGUGAAAAUGGUAACAAUAUUCUAUAUAACCCAAUGGAUUAUAUGAUGACUGAACAGUUUCCAUAAAGAUUUACCCAAGCGGUGCAAAUCGUAAAUUAUGCAUUUAAUGGUUGCGUAACGCAACUUGCGUUCUUUUGAAUUUGGAACAAAGCGUUAGCGUUUGUAAACAUAAUACUCAAUACUCAAGCGAUACAGAACUAUUGUCGCACGUGUUUGUAACUAUUGAAGGUAAAGAUGAUUGAAGACGAAAGUGACGAAGAAUAUUGGGAAGAGGAGGAGACAAUUGAUGGCUCACCUGUCGUUUGUUUAUUUUGUUGUGAGACUUUCCCAACUGCAAAUGAACUAUGGAAGCACUGCAAAGUCACACACAAUUUCAACAUUGACAAAGUCAAAAAAAAAUUUAGAUUGGAAUUUUAUGGCUACGUAAAAUGGUGAAUUAUUUAAGAGCUAAGAAAAUGGCAUGUGGUGAUGUGCUUCGGCUAACUGGUCCCCUUCCAUGGGAUGAUGACAAGUAUCUUCAUCCAUUUAUUGAAGAUGAUCCAUUAUUGCAAUAUGAUUUUGAUGAUUCCGAUGAAGACAGCGAAACUGAUGGCAAUGUUUGCAAUGGUUUUCAUGAUGAUGAUGUUGAUGAAGUAGAUGACAGAUUAUACAACGCGAUGCAGCGGGCUAGAAAGGCAGAAACAGCUUUGCAACAAGCACUUGCAGAUAUGGAACAAAUGAGAGCAGGAAUGCAGAAUCUUGUCGCUGGCAAUGACAAAGAAACCGCCUUUGUUCGUAACAAGCUAAAAGUUAACGAGGACAGUGAGGAUUUCUACUUCAGCAGUUACUCUCAUUAUUCAAUUCACGAAGACAUGCUGAAGGACAGCGUUCGCACGUUGAGUUACAAAAACUUUAUGCUCGAGAACCGGCAUUUGUUUGAAGACAAGGUUGUUUUGGAUGUUGGUUGCGGUUCGGGGAUUUGUCGAUUUUGCUGCAAAGCUGGCGCGAAAACCGUCAUCGCGGUGGACAAUUCUUCAAUAAUCUAUCAUGCUAUGGACAUUGUUAGGGAAAAUAAACUUGAUCACAUAAUUGAACUGAAGAGGGGUCGAGUGGAAGACAUCGACUUAAAUUUGAAACAGGUUGACGUCAUCAUAUCUGAAUGGAUGGGAUAUUUCCUUCUCUUCGAAUCGAUGUUGGACACUGUUCUGUUCGCCCGAGACAAAUGGUUGACGAAUGGUGGUAAAGUUUAUCCCGACCGAUGUACAAUGAGUUUAGUUGGUGUGGAAGAUGAUAAGCGAAUGAAAGAAAAAAUAGGAUUUUGGGAUGAUGUAUACGGUGUAAAGAUGAGUUGUAUGAAGAAUUUAAUAAUUGGGGAACCUGUGAUCGAUGCCGUCGAUCCGUGUACCACGUUAACGGAUAGCUGUGUAAUAAAGGAGAUCGAUGUGAACGCGGUGAAAGUGGCAGAUUUGGAUUUCAAAAGUGAUUUCAAAUUAAAAGCGUUGCGCGAUGGUUCUUUGCAUAUAAUAGUUGGAUAUUUUGACAUUUUCUUCGAGGAAGAUUGCAUAAAUAAGAUUACUUUCAGUACGGAACCAUCCAGUCCAACAACUCACUGGAAACAAACAUUGUUUUUCCUGGAGAGAGCUCUGGAUUUACGCAAAGACGAGGUGAUAACCGGUUUUAUUCUCUGCAAAAAAGAACAAGAGAGACAGUCGAAGUUUAGACAUAACGAUGGAACUACAGAGCAACGAAACACAGCGUUUCGUUAAGAGUAAAUACACAUUACAGUAAAAUUGAUUCUGUGUUAAAAUUUUUGUAUUUAAAUUAGCUAUACAUAACACAAAUCAUACAAUUGAAAGCAAAAUUAUAUGCUGAAUGUUCGUAA